AGUUGAAACCACGAAGUUCGGUGACGAGCGAGUUGCAUAAAUUGCAACUGAAAUUUUUGUAUUUAUGUUCGAUAUUUCUGAUAAUGGAUGACGGGCAAAAUUUAAGUCACUUGUCAAACAGUUCGAUCGAAGAUGGUAGAAUAUCGAACGCAAGUGCGGAAAAUUCAAACCCGCCGGUUCCCGCAAUAAGUUCCACUGAUGUUAUGGAAAAUUGUGGUAGUACCAGUGCUAGUUCCAGUGCCCGACAAUCUCCAAAAGUGAUACCCUCUACGUCGUCUGCGCAGAUUUUUCUUCAUCCCCAUCAAAGAAACUCCAUUUCACCAUCUACACCCAAAAAAAUCAUCAGCAAGAAUUACAACAACACACUAUUCCCGACUUCGUUUCCUAGCAACCAGGCGGAAUUGCAACUGUUCAGGGUAAUGCAGAACGCGUCGUUGCUACUUUAUUACGAUACGCUGUUGGAAAUGGGAGGAGACGAUGUCCAGCAACUUUGUGACGCUGGUGAAGAAGAAUUUUUAGAAAUCAUGUCCCUAGUGGGAAUGGCUUCUAAACCACUGCACGUUAGACGAUUGCAGAAAUCAUUACAGGAGUGGGUGACGAAUCCAUUGAAGUUUAAGUUACCCUUAGUCCCGGGAGAGGAUUUCGAAAUAGAAUUGUCUAGCCCGAGAGUAACUAGUAACCACGUACUAUACUCAGCCGAUAGUGGCGAAAAUAUCUGUGCCUUACCUUCAGUAGCCAGUCCAGGGUUAAACGUGAAUAAUAAAAGGCCUUACUCACCCUUAGAUUUAGUCUGUCCUUCGAGCAGUUCGAGUCCUAGCAGCGGUCUAUCCACUUCGACGUCUUUAGCCGAAAGCCAAAUAAACAAACUAGCUGCAGCCGCCGAACGUUUGAGCAAACAAUUACCAAAUUUGGAACCGAAACCGCAAAAUACCAAAAAGAGAGUGUGCAAAGAACUGGAGCUCGUAAUGUCUAUGUUGGAAAACGAUCCCAGGAGGAUGGACGAGAUUCGAAGAUACGCCGCUAUUUACGGGCGUUUCGACUGCAAACGAAAACCUGAGAAACCAUUAACUCUGCACGAGUUAUCUGUAAACGAAGCAGCAGCUCAAAUUUGCCGUUUCGUGCCAGCCCUUUUAACCAGGAGGGACGAAUUGUUCCCACUCGCGCGGCAAGUAGUUAAAGAUUCGGGAUGUUAUUUUUCCAAAACACAGUUGUCUUCGGUUUAUUUGUGUCGGCAGAUGAGUUUGCCGAUAAGCCAAGAGAAAGAAUCGUACGACAGUUAUUUGUCGUCUAGUACGAGGACUUCCGUGGACGAUGAUAAUCCGAAUUCCGCUAAAAAGAUUAAAAUCGAACCGACUUCCGAUGGUGAAGACCAACGUCAGAGGAAGUUUGAUGAUUUUGUCACGAACGAUGAAGAAUCGAGAGAGUACUCACCUCAAAUAGUGGCAGCUAGUGGCGAUAAUAUCAUUGCCGUUACCAAUCCGGCACUGACGAUGUCACCAGCUAUUCUUCAGAUGCCAUCGAUUCCAUCAAGAGAUAUAUGCCAGACGGAAAAAGAUUAAUUAGGAGUUUACAAGAGUGUGAAUCGAGAAUAACUCUCCGUGUUGCUAUAAAAUAA